UUCGGUUCGGGAACACGGUGAAAGUCAGGGUGCGUCGCAACGCGUUUCAACUCGUAUCUUCGUCGUCCCAUACGAGUUUUUAAGCGAACGAAUGUUUCGAGAUUGCCGUAGAAUGUCGACCGUGAAGUGUCGUUGUAUCGCAUAAUAUCGCAUACGAUGCAUUGUGCGAAGUCGUGUCGCGUUCAAUCGUGUUUCGUAUCUUCUCCGUUGCCUUUUAUCUCGAGUUAAUACGUUUAAUUGAGUACCGAGAGUGUCAAAAACGAAGAGUCGUGCGUUCAUGUGUGAAUCAAGUGUGAAUCAAGAGGAGGAGGAUCGAUCGUCGUGUGGAGGAUCUUGGAUCUCGAAUGUUCGAGAGGUGUGACCGAGACGGAGCUGGACGGAGCGAUUAGCGGCGAACGGCGCUGUAGGCGUGUGGCCUGGCCGGCGUGGUUUCGGUGCGGUAGAAUACCGGGAACGAAGACCUUGCCUCCAGCGGAUUACACGAACAUCACGGCCAGAUGGGUGUCGGCAACAAGGCCGAGCAGAGGCUGCUGCUGUCUUAUUGCUCCUUCACCUGCAUUUACCUUUCCGGGAUUCUGACGUUGGUCAAGUUCAAUGAUAAUCUGUACAACGUCGGCAAGUACAAGUUCUUACCUGUGCUGAUGAUCCUAACGUUUGCCGAGGUGAUAAAGCUACUGUUUCCUAUGCUGCAAGCGGAGGCGCCUACGAUAAUUAAGAUUGAACAGCGGAUCUCGUCGAAGGCCAAGAGAUCCUGGACGAAGUGUCUGAGGGAGAUCUUCAAAUUCUCACUUACCGCGCUCGUGCUGUCAAUAGUUUACUACGUGAUGAUUGUGCUGUUCGGCGCGCCCGUACUGACCGACCAUGAGGAGACAACAAUGCUCGUCGUCACGCUGAUCAUACUGACUUUUGUGUCCACCAGUUUGCAUCUAGGCGUGGACACUGCAUUGGACAUCCUGACAGGAACCUAUUCCCAGAAGGGCAAUGUCCUCGCGGAUGCUUUGAAGCUCAACAUCCAGGCGACGAUAUUGAGCACUUGGUUGGGCGCUACUGUUAUCCCUCUAGAUUGGGAUCGCCCUUGGCAAGCUUGGCCAAUUCCCUGUGUUAUAGGUGCAUUACUUGGCUAUUUGAUUGCUCACUUCAUCACUAUCGUCAAGACGCUUCCCGCGCCAAAACUGCACAGGAAAGUCCAUCGAUAGUCAUGGAAACACUUGUGUAGAAAAAGACAUUCCAAUUUUUUGAAUAAUAUCAGUUAUUGAUUAAAUGGUAUGCUGAUUGUUCAUCUUACAUUUUGAUUGUAUACUGUAUAGUAGGCUAUAUAGAGAUAUUUGAGCAUUAAUAUAUAACUGCCCAUUUUGAUAUAUGUAAAUUCAUUACAUUGUCAUUGUCUGUGAUGUACGCAUGAAUUUAAGGAGUAAUAAUCAUGAGAAAAUCAUGUUUUUUUAUAUGUAAAUCGUAGUAAUAUUUAUAAUCUCUAUAAAUUAUAAUGUGAGCGAUUUAUUUUCCUGUUUAUCCAUUGACAUAACUUUGCUGGUAUCUUAUUUUUACAUAUACAUCUUUUUCUUUCCCAUUUUUUAUUCAACUUGUCAAAAUCUUGCAUUUACGAAAUAAAGUUAUUACUAUUACAAUUUUGCAGCAAGCAAUUUCUGUUGUAUUUGAAUUGUUUACUAAAUUAAUUGCCGAUUAAAAUAAUCUGAGUAUGAUGCAAGUCAUUCUUUAAUAUUGUAUGUGAAAUUAAAGCCAUACACAAAUUUUGCAAUUAAUGAUAGUCAGGGAAAGACAAAUUGCAUUGGUAUUCAUGUGAUGAUGUGAUGAUACUGAUACUGUGUUUACAUAAUGAUAUUUUAUCAUGUCAUGGUAGGCCUUUCACCUUUUAUAUCAACUGUGUAAAAACAAGAAUAAAAUGCAAAUGCAAACACUA